CAUGCUCUUUCCUCCUCGUGAAAAGACGUGUGAGGUUCUGAAACUUUCUCAAGGCGCUGACUAAUCCGGAUAAGCUUCGGAUCAGCGCCUGGAGGCUCUGGUGGGGCAUGGCACGCGAUCGUGGCUACAACAUUAACCGUGAACUUCAAGUCAACGCAAUCGGGCUCCUUUGAGUUCUCGAACUCUGCAAAGGUCGGCCAUUUUGUUCUGGGAAGCCGCCUCUCCUUCAGCACCGCUGCCUCCGGAUUAACCGCCUCUAUCUUGUUCCUGUCCCUCGCACUCUUUUGCUUUGCAGUCUGGCUUUGGAUUUCAUCGAUUAUUGCCUCCAUCCUCCCGCAUUGGAGAUAUCUAGAUCUCCUCUCUUAAAACAUAAAGUCGGAGGAUCGCGCUGCCAUCUACAUCUCCCUCCUUGCGCCGCCCAUAUCACCCCAAAACGAAGCUUCCCUGGCCACGCACCUGACAACUACAAUGGACGACCAAGCACUUAGCAAGCGGAUUAAGACGUUGGCCAAGGCUGUGGCUUCCGAUCCGCCGUCUGUCGUCAUCGAGUUGCUCGAGGAGUUGAAGAGGGAGAAAGCGCCAACUGAGGAUCAGCUCCGUUCCACUAAGGCUGGUGUCGCAGUCGGCAAGCUGCGUAACAACGCGAACAAGGACAUUGCCCGACUGGCUAGCGAGAUUGUCUCAAAGUGGCGGAAGAACGUGGAUGCGGCCAAGGAGUCCAAGAAGCGCAAGAUGGAGCAGAGCAAGUCGCCAACUCCCAAGGACUCGCCCGCCCCGCCCUCCACCUCCUACAGCACCCCAUACGAAGGCGACCCCGAGAAGCGGCAUUUCAAAGUCGACAAAGUCGACAUUGUCCGGACGGGCAACAAGAUGCGCGAUGGUAGUAUUGGAGUGCUCUACAAUGGCCUGGCCUACCGCUGCACUGUGUCAAUCGAGGAGGUGAUGCAGCGCGCCAUGGAGGUUGAGGCGGCAGCCUUUGCUGUGUACAAGGACACGCCAGAAUACGGCAAAAAGAUCCGGGGCCUCAUGACGAGCCUCAAGCGCAAAGACAACCCCGAGUUGGGCCGCAGGGUCAUGAGGGGCGACAUCUCGGCCGAUAAGUUCGUCCGCAUGUCGGACGAAGAGCUGGCAUCGGAGGCCCAGCGCGCCCGAGAUCGCGAGCUGGAGCGCGAAAACAUGCUCAGUGCACAGGUUCCCAUGGCCAAGAAGUCCAUCAGUGAGGAUUUGCAGUGCAGCAAGUGUCAUCAGAAAAAGGUCUCGUACAGUCAGGCCCAAACCCGCUCGGCCGAUGAGCCCAUGACGACGUUCUGCGAGUGCACCGUUUGCGGGCACCGGUGGAAGUUUUCGUAAGCCGGUACGAUGGGCUGCGGUAGUUCUUUCUUCGCCGUUUUCCCCGUCUUUCCCCGCUUCCUUUGCCAUUAUCUUCCUGC